GUUUCCUUAAAGGUUUGCACAUGACUCUCAUGAUUUGGUGACAUAUAAUCGAGCUGGGCGGUUCGAUCCAAACAUCGGUGUUAUUGAUACCAGGGUAGUAUCGGUAUCAGAGUGAUACUGGUAAGAUGACAUAUUUUCAGUUCUCAUAACUGAUAUGCUCAGGUUGAUCCAAACAUCGGUAUUAUUGAUGCUAGGGUAGAAUCGGCAUCGGAUUGAUACUAGUAUGAUGAGAUCAAUAUUUUCAGUUCUCUUUUAAUAAUAGAGUUGGGCAGGUCUACCCAAAUAUCUAUAUUAUUGAUACCAGGGUACUAUCGGUAUAUAAUAAAGUCAAUAUUUUUCAGUUCUCUUCUAAUAAGAGAGUUGGGCGGGGAGAUCCAAAAAUCAAUAUUAUUGAUACCAGGAUGGUAUCGUAUCGGAUUAAUACUAGUCUGAUGAGUGAUAUUUUUAAUUCUCUUCUAAUAAUUGAGGCAAUUGGUAUUGGUAUUGGUAAAUCUUGGUAUUAUCGAUAUAAUGGUAGUGUUGGUAUUGGAUUGGUACUACUAUGAUAGGAUGGAUAUUUUUUAGUUGUCUUUGAAUAAUAGAGCUGGGAAGGUCGAUCCAACUAUCGACACCAGGAUAGUAUCGGUUUAUCAGUUCAAUAUUUUUCAGUUCUAUUCUAAUAAUACAAGUGGGUGGGUCAAUCCAAGAAUGGAAAUUAUUGAUACUGUGUUAGUAAAGUGUGUUAGUACUGACGGAGCAUUAGGGCCACAUAGGAAAAAAAAUAACCUGAGAUUUUGAGAAUAAAGUCGUAAAUUUACGAGAAUAAAGUCGUGAAUUUACGUUCCUUCCUGAAGAGCUAUACUCCAUUUUCCCUCUGACACGUAUUAUUACCACUUUAUUCUCGCAAAUGUACGACUUUAUUCUCCUAAUAUUAUGACUUUUUUUCGUAAAUUUCUGACUUUAUUAUCAUAAAUUUACGACAUUAUUCUCUUAAAUUUCUGACUUUAUUCUCGUAAUAUUAAAUUUUUUUCUCGUAAAUUUACGACUUUUCUUCUCAUAAAUUCACAAAUUUAUUCUCCAAAUCUCAGAUUUUUAUUUUUUUCAAUGUGGCCCUCAUACUCCGUCAUAGUAUUGAUACUAGUAUGAUCAAUAUUUUCAGGUGUUUGGGUCAACCCAAUUAACAAAAUUACUAAUACUAGCGUAGUUCCAAAUAUCCAAAUUAUUGAUGCCAGGGUAAUAUUGAUAUCGGAUUGAUACUAUCAGCUACUAUCAGUCCUCUUUUAUGUUUAUGUUUUUUGGUUUUUUUUAACUGUAUCUGUGUUGCCGUACGGUGGCCGAGUGGUUAGCACGUUGGCCACACAGUCAGGAGAUCAGGAAGACUUUUGAAUCUCCGUUGGGCAUUUCUGUGUGGAGUUUGCAAGUUCUCCCCGUGCGUGUGUGGGUUUUCUCAGGGGACUCCGGUUUCCUCCCACAUUCCAAAAACAUGCAUGUUAGGUUAAUUGGAGACUCUAAAUUGUCCAUAGGUAUGAAUGUAAGUCUGAAUGGUUGUUUGUCUAUAUGUGCCCUGCGAUUGGCUGGCGACCAGUCCAGGGUGCACCCCGCCUCUCGCCUGAAGGCAGCUGGGAUAGGCUCCAGCAUACUCCCGCGACCCUACUCAGGAUAAGUCAAAGGAUUUCAAAAAGCCCAAGGAUUGAAAUGAGAGCCACACCCACUUUUCUCACGUGCCAGAUACUGUAUUAGAAGGUUUUUCAAAAAAGUACUGCAAUAAUUACUUUCCCUGGUAAAUAGUUACAUUUAUGAAGGAGUAAUUCUGUUACUAAUUCAAUGGCUUUUUGGGAAAGCAAAUAGUAACAAUAACUAAUACUUAGUAACUAAAGGAGGAGGGAAAGGCUUCUUGAGACGUCAUCUGUACUUCUGUGAAGAAGGUGUCGACGUUUUGCUCCUCAUCCGAAGAGCUUCGUCAGCGAACCAAUAAGUGCUGGUAGCCUAGGCCUUAAGUACAGUAAGAGUGGGCGGAAAUGGUGUGCCAACAACCUCCUUCUAUUGGUUCCUUACACUAAGCCUGGGCGGAGUAGUGGUCUAAUCCUCUCCUGACAUUAGCACCUCCGAUAAAAGGGAAGUGUCGCUCCCUGAGUUGGGUAUGAACAACUCUGAUACUGGCUCGUUAGCAUCUAUUGUUCUGGCUUGGCCCUGCCUUCACCUCAUUUGCAAGACUAAGAGCUGUGGGUUUUGGUCUCAGUAACCUGCUGAACACAGGGUCCAAAUUAAACCUCAAACCACUAUUCCGAUUCAGUGAUGGGUUCUGUUGUUUGACAAAAAUGGCUUCCUUUACUCCUCUUUCAAACCAUCUGUUUUCUUUGGCCAAAAUCUUUACCUCGCUGUCCUCAAAAGAGUGAUUGGUAGCUUUAAGGUGUAGAUGUACUGCUGAUUGACGACCACUCGAAUUGUCCCUGCGAUGUCCCUACAGCGUAUUACUUUUUUGAAGUAAGGCUGAGAGCACCAUCCCCUGGCAGUAAUUGUGUUAUUGUAUUAUUUUGUAUAAUUUUGUUGAUGUUGUUGAAUUGUUAACAAAAAAAUGUGUUGAUACAAAAACACAAUUUGUGUGCACUGAUCUUGAAAUAAAAAGUAUCGGUAUCAGCGAUAUUUGCUUAGUUGGUGUCGGAUUGAUACGGAAAUUUGUAGCAUUGCUCACCCCUAACAUUAACCAACAUAAUAAGCAUAACAAUGGAAAACACUCUAAAGGAAAAUGUUUGCUGUCUCUGUCGGAACGUUCUGAUCCGAUCUCACCAGAACAUUUGCACUCCAAUAAAGAAGGAGCAGGCGUCGUGUUGCUCCGUCCAAAUGUGGAGUGGGCGAGCGCUUUGCUUAAUGGAAAUAUCCGCCGGCGCUAAUGAAGUCUGCUAAUCCGGUAACGCUCCGUUAAUUCCGAUGUUUGUUUUUUAUUGUUUUAUUAUUCCGAAUCCAUUUAGAGCCAAUCUGCUCUAAUGGAAGUUUGUUUAACAUUCCUCCAUCUCCUGCACACUCAGCUGUCAAUCAAACACAGGGCAUCAUGGGACCUGAGGGGGGAGGGGCAAGAGCCUUCAAAAGAACAGCAGGAAGACGAGCGCAACCACAGACAAGCUUGGAUCCAGAGCAAGAACCAGAACCAGGAGCAGCAGAAGAAGAAGAACAAGCGACAGACAUGCAUCGCGGUCCAGGUCCCGCCAUUUUGGUUCUCAUGGCGUUGGUUCUGUGCAGCCCGGCUGUUUCCCCUCAGCCUGACAGAGAGCAGGAUGAGUACCAGAACCAAGACCUGAACCUGGAGCUGCGUCACCACCAGAUGCUGCAACAAGCUCACGGUGCCGGUGUCCUGUCACAGGACUGGACCAAACGUGCAGUGGAGGACCUGCUGGCCCGUAUGGCGUUGCCCGAGGCCGACAGCCAGCGGGAGGCUGAGCUGGUUGCCGCGGUAACCGGGAGCGGGAGGAUGAACCUGGAGCGCUCGGUGGAUCCUCCCAACAGCCUGCCCCCCCGUGAACGCAAAGCUGGCUGCAAGAACUUCUACUGGAAAGGCUUCACUUCCUGUUAGGUGCCACACCCUGUAUCUAAACUCUGACCCGUCCCCACCCCCACUUCCUUAUUGACCAGAUGACAUGGCCGUGGCCUGAGAGCUCAACCAAUCAGCUGCAGCCUGCUUUAACCUGUCUAAAUGAAGUCUAUAA